AUGCCUGGUCUCCAAGAACAGCCGCCCUUCAAGGUUCUCAUCGUCGGAGGGUCUUAUUCCGGGUUGGCCGCAACUCUGAACCUCAUUGACUUGUGCCAUGGGCGGAAAUGUCGAUUCAACCUGGAUGAGAACGAACAGGGCCCGGGGAACACGAUUCCUGUGCAAGUUACCAUCGUGGAUGAGCGCGAUGGCUAUUACCACCUGAUCGGACUGCCUUUGGCCAUAGCUUCCAACGCCGAUGCGAGCACGUUCUGGAAAAAGUUCGACGAUAUUCCCGCUCUCCAGUCCCCGGAUAUCAAUCACAUUCAAGGACGAGUAGACUCAAUAGACUGCAAGUCCCGAAUUGCGCGGAUCCGUCAAAAUACUGGGAAUGAUGGGCACAGAAUUAUCGAAGAAAAAUACGACUAUAUGGUUGCGUGCUCGGGCUUGCGAAGAGAGUGGCCUAGUGCGCCCAAGUCUUUGACUCGGGAGGCAUAUCUUGCCGAAACAGCAGACUCUGUGCAGACUAUUGAGGAAGCUUCGGAAGGUGUGGUUGUUAUUGGAGGCGGUGCUGUUGGUAUCGAGAUCGCCGCCGAGAUCAAGAUGGUCCGACCUCAGACAAAGGUGACCCUCGUUCACUCUCGGCAACAGCUGCUCUCCUCCGAGGACCUCCCCGAUGACUUCAAAGACAAGACCCUUGAAAUGCUGAAAGAGUCUGGGGUCGAAGUGGUGUUGGGGGCACGCGUCCAGGACACAGUUCGCGGUAGCGACUCCACUCCGGCGAAGUACACGCUCAAGCUCUCAGAUGGUCGGGAGCUCGUUGCCGGCCAUGUAAUCAAUGCCGUGUCACGUUUUGCACCAACAUCCUCAUAUCUUCCUAAGGAUGCCUGCGAUCCCGAGGGAUAUGUCCGUAUCACGCCCGGUCUUCAAUUUUCCGCAGAUGUGCCAAACAAGAAAUAUCACUACGCUGCCGGUGACAUUGUCGCCUGGUCUGGUAUUAAGCGUGGUGGAGCAGCGAUGCACCAGGCACAUUUCGCAGUUUUCAACAUCCACCAGCAGAUGUUGGCGGAGCGGUACAAUAUGGAACCCAAGUUUGUCGAGUUGGUUGAAGUAGCUCCUAUGAUGGCUUUGGCUCUUGGAAAAACCGCUGUUGGGUACUUCCCGGCCAUGGGACUGUCCUCGGGCGACGAGAUCCGGAAUAUGUUCUUCAAUGAUGAUCUAGGAUACGAAAGUAAGUUGACGAGUUUCCAGCCAGAUUCAUUGAGCUAA